AUGUACGAAACUGGCCGUUUUAUCUUCCCGAUGCGUUUUACCAUGUGGGCCUGGAAGUUGUGCGGUGUAUUUAAUGCUCCCGUACCGAAAUCCUUACCGUACCGCGUGUAUUGCUACACGUUUUACACCUGCAUCAUGGCACUGUAUCUGUUUGUGCUGAUGUUAAACGUGUUCGUCCCACAGCCCUUCGAGCAGCGUGUGUUCUUCAUCAUGUACAUAGCGCUAACGGAAACGGCCAUGAUCCUGAAAACGAGUACCAUCUAUCGCUAUUUCGAUACGAUUUGGGAUUUGUACGAGACCACACUGGGUCCAUCGUUUCAACCGCGGGACGAGCGGGAACGUGCGUUGCAAAGCCGUACGCUGCUAGUGUUUAAUCGCUGGUACUACGUGUACAUCUUUGUAAGUCAUAUGGCCGCCUUUGGUACCGGCAGCCACUUGCUCAGUUCCGAGUAUCGUAUGCCAUUUUUUCCCUGGUUUUUCGGCAUCGCGUACGGUGAUGAGGCACGCGUUGCCUAUUACACGAUCUUUGUGUACCAAUGUUUCGGCAUGUACUUCCACAUGCUGCUCAACACGGCCGGAGAUACGCAGCUGUGCUAUAUGCUGCAAAUGAUAGGCAUACAGCUGGAUCUGCUGGCAAAACGCUUUCGAAGCCUGAGCGACACGGAUGAGUUCGAUCGCUCGUUUGUGCCGCUAGUGCAACACUACAACAAGAUCCAUCGCAUGCUUUGCCGUGUGGAGAACCUUUUUUCGCUCGCCUAUUUUGUGCAGUUCAGUGUCAGCGGUCUCGUGAUCUGUGCCUCAGCUUAUCAGGUUGCUUCGAUGGUAUGUGCUUCCCUGUGUUCCCUACGUUCCUCUCUUAGAAUGGUGGUUAACCGUACUAAGCGCAUGGAUCUCUUGUCACAUUUCCAGUUCAAUUUGUACGAUUUUAGCAAACUAAUGAACGUGUUCUACAUGAUGUCCAUGACGAUGCAAAUAGGGCUGCCGUGCUAUUAUGGCAACGAAGUGACGCUCAAAAGCUACGCACUCACGAAUGCCAUUUACUCCUCGAACUGGUACAGCAUGAAGCAAAGUGCCCGGAAAAGUGUGCAAAUGUUUCUCGUACGCACCAACAAACCAUUCGCUGCAACGGCAUUUCGAUAUUUUAAUUUUAAUUUACCCGCCUUUACAACGAUACUCAAUAUGGCAUACUCCGUGUAUUGUGUGUUGCAACGCAAGGCGAAAAACGUCUAG